AUGUAUUCGACAUGGCGGGUAUGUGAAUUAAAAGCUGAACUAAAGAAGCGAGGUGCGUCUUUACGGGGAAGGAAAGCAGAUCUAGUGGAAAGUGAUGAUAAGAAACUUGAUAAGGCUAAAUCCUUAUAUGAGUCUCGAUACCUCAUCCUUGCAAGAGCUUCAACUGUUGGUGACUCUACUUUUGUAAAAGGCUAUUGCAAAAAGACUAUGAGAGCUUUACAGUAUGAAGUAGAUGUUAAAAUUCAUAAAAAUGGAACACCUCAGGAAUCCCACUGUGAGUGUCCAGCUGGAAGUGGCAUAGAGGCAAAGUGCAAGCAUGUUGCUGUGCUUUUAACUGGAAUUGAACACAUGGUGCAUCACAAAAUUAUAUUACUGCAUCAAGUUAGCACACAAAGGUUGCAGACAUUUCAUAUGCCCAAAACUCCAUUUACAGCAUCUCCUAUAGCUGCACACAAGUUACCUAAGAAAAAAAAAAUAGUAAAAAGUUUAGUCCAUACCCUUUUCACAUGA